AUGGAAGGGGGAAAUAUUGUUGUUAUUGUAAUGUGGGCAAUACUAGCUUUAUUGGGUAUCCAAUUUUUUGUGGGAUCAUCAGCAGCCUCUGAUGCUUCGCAUAUAGAGAAAGCCCUUCCAAAUUGCCUCAAAAGGUGUGGCAACAUUACUAUCCCUUAUCCAUUCGGCGUAGGGGAUGAAUGUCAUUAUGAUAACCCAAUAGAUGGUCCUUUCUUCAAUCUCACUUGUGACAAUAGUACAGAUCCCCCAACUUUAAUGAAUGAUGCCGAUUUGGAGGUAGUAAGUAUCACUUUGGAUGGUGAAUUCAGGGUACUUCACUUUGUUUCAUUUAGUUGUUUUGAUAAAGAUGGUGAAGUUCAUUUUGUAUCUAAGAUUGAUUUGUUAAGAAGAUUUACUAUAUCGCCCACCCAAAACUCUCUUGUUGCCAUUGGUUGUGACACCUAUGCUUGGUUUGGUGGUACAGGGAUCACUAAUGCAACUCUAUUCAAUUCUGGGUGCAUGACUUUAUGUAAUAAAGCACAAAAAGAUCUUUUGAGGGAUAAGUGCUCAGGUAUCGGCUGUUGUCUGGGCUUCAUUCCUGACAGUGUUAACAAUAUUAGCAUUGAGGCUAAGAGUUACAAUAAUCACCAGAAUGUGUUGGAUUUUAAUCCAUGCAGCGUUGCAUUUUUGGUUGCAAAUGAUGCAAUGCCCUCUUCUUUAGGGGAUUUUCUAAUUCAAAAUGCCACACAUUUCAAAAAUCUGCGACUUCCUGUGGUCCAUCAUUGGUCAAUUGGAACAGAAGAUUGUGAAACUGCCAAAUCAUCAGGGGAGUACAUAUGCAAGAGAAAUAGUGUGUGCCUUAACCUGCCAUACCAGAGGGGAUACCACUGCCAAUGCAACCCUGGGUUCCAGGGUAAUCCUUAUCUUCAUGAUUGCCAGGAUAUUGAUGAAUGUACCCAAGGAAGUCAUUUGUGUAAAGAGCCAGCAUAUUGUGUCAACACUGUUGGAACCUAUAAAUGUUUAUGCCCGGCAGGCUACACCGGGAAAGGCACAAAAAAUAAUCUGUGUAUUCUCGAUCCCAACAGUGCGCGUCGUAGCCAAUACAAUUUGUUAGUAGGUAUGUGGACCUAUAUUUAUUUAUUUAAUUUAUUUUUUUUGCUUUAGUCUCAUUUCUUGAACUCCCUCCCAAUAUAAAAUAAAAUAAAUAAAUAAUUAAAUUGUUGACAUAGUUUCUGAUUAUUUGUUAAUGAGAAAAAUAAUAAUGCAUGUCAUUCCCCCAUUAGAGUGAAAAUAGCAUGGUGCACCCGCAUGGUGCACCCCUAAAGAACAUUAGGCUUAUUUUAAAGAACAUGAGAAAAAAAAAGAACAUACGAGUGUUUGAAAAAGAACAUGCUAGUAUUUGAAAAAGAACAUGCAUAAUAGUGUUAAACACAAGAACAUGUUUGUGUUUGACAAAGAACAUGGAAUAAAAAGAACAUGUUAGUGUUUGAAAAAGAACAAGCCAGUGUUUUAAAAAGAACAUGCUAGUAUUUGUAAAAGAACAUGCAUAAUAGUGUUCAACAAAAGAACAUGUUUGUGUUUGACAAAGAACAUGACCUCCGAAAAGAACAUUAGGCAUAUUUUAAAGAACAUGGAAUAAAAAAAACAUGUUAGUGUUUGAAAAAGAACAAGCUAGGGUUUGAAAAAUUAACCUUGCUUGGUUAUCUUCCGGUUGGCUUCAAUUCAUUACUAUUCUUCUUUCUCCUCUAAUUGUUCUUUUUUGAACAACUUGUACUUUAUAGCUUUAUUUUUUUAUUAUUUUUUUUUAAAAAAUACCCCAAAUUCACAAAAUUAAACACUUUAACUUUAAAAUUAUUGACGAAAAACAAUUUGCAUGUACAAAAUUUAUACUUACAUUUUACUUGAAUCCACCAUUUGUUUAAGUUUGAAGGUUGAAUUGUUGAAAUAAGUUCAAUUUUUUUCUUGGGUUUCACUUUGAAGAUGAACAAUUUUGCUAUUUUGAAUUUUUUUUGAAAAAUAGAAAAAGAUAGAGAGAAAAGUUAUGGAGAGAGAAAAUGAGUACUUUGGAAAUGAUUUUUACCCAAAUUCAUUGAAAUUCUUAAAUGAAAACGAUGGUGUAAAGGAGAGUAAAAAUAGGCAGCAAAAAAGAGAGUGAUAGGAAGGGAAAGAGGAGUGAGAAAUUGCAGGAGAAGAGAGUGAUGGAUUUGCAGUUGCAAGAAAAUAAAAACAUGUUCAUUUUUUUACCCAUGUUCUUUUAAAUAUACUAAACGUUCUUUUGGGUGCACCAACCACAAAUUACCAUUAGAGAGCUUGGGAGCACUAUAUCUUGAAAUAGUUGGAGACUAGAUUAUUCUUCUAUAUUUCAAAAUGUGGGAUAUUGUUAUGACAUGACAAAAAUGUUUGAACUAGUGAAUGAAUUUCCUUGCUAGAAUUAUAUGUUCCUCUGGUUCUAUUGUCAUUUGUCAGAUUUAAAUUUGAAAUAUGGAUUAUAUACUUAUGAUUACAUUUGUAGGAGUAUUUCAAUUGCACACAAGGGGUUAUUCUAUAAACGAUAACCUUGGAUUCUGUGUUAAAAUCUUUAGCUAAAAGAAUGCAAAAAAAAAAAAAA